AUGGCCAGGGAGCAGAGAACCCACAUUUUCAGGUUGACCGGCAUUGCCACAGACAACAACACCGGGAAUCCGGACGAAAAGCUGAAGGGCUACUUCGACCUCAAGCUGGCAAAGAUAGACAAAGGCACUGAGACCCCAUCGGAGGUCCAGGUUCGCCAGUGGGCGCGACUUCGUGCCCUCAGGAAGCAGCUCACGGCUUUCGCGGAACCUUGUGGCCCCGGCAUCUUCGCGGUCGCACCUCUCCCGGAGAUGCGCGGCCUGGUCACGAAGUCCUCGAUGCGGCACACGGACGGCCCCGUGGCCUGGGCAGUCAAGACCCAGCUCGUCUCCGCAUGCCCAUCGCUCACCGAGGCCGUCAGACGCCUGUCCGAAGGUACAGGCCUGGCAUUACUGAGAUGCGUCGGCAUCUUACCGAAGGAAGGCGACAGCAACAAGGGCAGCGACGAAGCUUCCCAGCCAGCAGGCAACUGGGCUGCUUCUAUCCACAACAAUAUGUGCAGCAUCGCCAAGGACUACAACAUUGUCCUACCACCCCGAAGCACUUCUACCAUUGACCAGGCAGAGACCAAUGCUUGGCUCCCGUACGAGAUUGCAUUGCCGGACGAGCCAGUCACAGUUGCCCGCAAGACCAAGGCCAAUCCCAUGCCCAUGCCCGGCUGCAGCCAUUGGGUUAUCUGGGCCGUCUCCAUCGAGAUGGAUAAUGGCACCAGCAUUGUCGACAAGCCUCCCGCGACACGAAACUACAAGCUCACGGCGGUGUACUCGGACUCUGCCUGGGCGAAGCCCCAGACCCCUAAGCUCAAGUCGAGCGCACCGCACUUCGCAGAGGCGCUCAGCCGGCUGUUGUCCUUGGUCCCCGUCUCGACCGCCAAGGUCACCUUCGAGGUCGACGUGCGCUGCGCCGAUUGGUCAGGCCACGUGGACGCCGAAGACUGCGGCACCCAUGCCAUUGUCAACGCGACCUCCAUGAUGAAUGGAGAGACCCAGGCCAGAGACGUUCCCAACGGCGUCGACUGCCUGCGGCUUCGUCACGUCUUCGCAACCGUGAUCUCCGAGUCUGUCCGCCUUGCGGCAUACAAGGAGCUGAUCAAGGAGAGCGAUGUGGUGGGUGAGGAGUCACGAACUACAUCUUCGGGUUCCCCCGCGACGCCACGUUCUCCUUCACCGAGCCUUGCGAUCUCGAGGCGUUUAUGGACUGUCUUCACCAUGCUUUUGGGGUGCCUGCCCCCCGCCAUCAACGUGGUGAUCCGGCUCGGAAACUCUUUCCGGGGACGAGAAAUCGCUUUCGACCAGCCGUCCAGCGACACACCCCAUCACCAACAGCACCACGCUCGCGACGUUGCCCUGCGCUGGCUCGUGGCGCUCGGCCACCGCCACACGGAGGUUUCGACCCUCUUCAUCAAGUUCGAGUCCUCCAUGUGGGCCUCUCAGCAAUGGAUUGGCAUGGACGGCGGCUGGACUCAGACCACGGCAGCCCGCGUGCUCGUUCAUCUUGAGCAGGUUGCACACCUGCCCACGAGCCACAGGCCGCGGCCCAUCGAGCGGCAAAUCAGAUUCCAGGCUCAGGAGGAGGCUCCGGACGCUCAGACGGUCAGGGGUCCGGAGGGUCAGAGGUUCAGAGGUUCAGAGGGUCCCGCGCAGGUCCGGUUAAACGACCACUGGAUCAUCCCAGUGAAGCUCGACCUCGAUCGUGCGCCCGCAACGCUUUGCAGCAAGAAGGCCAGGGUCAAGACCAUGCUCGGCUACAGCUAUUGGGCUGCCUGGGCUGUCGUUAUUGAGAUGUUACACAAGGGCACCCCCAUCAACGGUUCAGACGAUGAGGCGCGAACGUUGCCGCCCCCUCAACAGCACAAUGCCACCCAAGAGGAGCCCCUGGCCUCGUCGGACGAUAAGGCAGGAGACUCGUCGCGACCCAGGCAGCAUCGGAGACCUGGACAGCCCCAAGCUCACCAGAAACGACCUCGCCACCAUGCGGUCGAAGGCAAUGACUGGAUCGAUGCCCAACGGAGCUCUCCACUACGAUGCGAGUCGUUCAUUGCCUGGACCCUCAAGCAGUUCGGCGAAUUCCACGGACAAGAAAUCGAAUUUGUCGAAGACGAAUGGCGCCUAGGAGGGGAGGAGAUUCAGAGGUUCAGAGGUUCAAAGGUUCAAAGGUUCAGAGGUUCAGAGGUGCAGAGGUUCAGAGAGUCAGAGACGGACAGGUGUGCCUUCUCGUCAAGAAAGCUGGUGUUGUAG